AUGACCGUGGAUGAGGCAGCAGGUAAAACUUCGUCAGGUUCUUCAGUCUCUAGUCAGCUGGGUUGUUAUUUGUCAGCAGUAUCUGCAGAUGUUGUACCAGGACAGAAAAGUCUCAACAGCUCUGACUCUGAACAACCAGACCUUGUCGAGCAGCUGGCCAGAUGUUUUCCAUCACCUCCAGGGAAAGCUCCUGGGGUUAAAUUCCGCGGCUCGGGGAGAGCUGCUGACAUCAGGUCUCCAAGGAGCAGCCCUCAGAGUGAACACAGCAUGGUAAAAAUAGCAGACCAUUUUGGGCUACCCAGUACCCGGUUCCCACCACUCUGCAGGCUGGGAAAGGAAGGAGGAGCCCCAGCCUCCCAGUGGAUGUUCAACUCUCAGAGGGAGAGUUAA